UCCUGGCACCCAGGGUGCAGGAAUCUCAGACAUGCUGCCCUGCGUCCAGGUUUCCUGAGGCUGGCCCUCCUCCCCAGGGCUGGGAGGCUGGGUGGGGCCCCCUUCCUGACAUAGGCUCUGGGCCUGCCUGGUGGUCAUCUGGGGGCCCAGAGCCCAGCCAGCCCCCUCCCCCUGAUGGGCUGGACUGCUGGGGUGGGUGCUGGGCAGGGAAGCAUUCAUAUUUACAGGUCUUUCCUGCCCUCCUGGCAGCCUGACUAACCAGCUCCUCCAGGCCCAAGGUGCUGGGGGUGGGGUGCAGCCGGAGGCAGCCAGACCAGCCCCUGAGCUCCCCUUGCUCCGCUGGCCAUCAUGGGGCCCCCUGGGAGGCAGCCUCGCCCUUGCCUGCUGCUCCUCUUGGUACUGAGCUGUUUCCAAACCAGCCUGAGCCUGGAAUGGAUCCCCUACAAGCCACAGAUAACAGCCUGGAACUUGGAAGGGAAGGUCACGGCCACCACGUUCUCCCURGAGCAGCCUCGCUGUGUGUUUGAUGGGCAUGCCAACGCCAAGGACACCAUCUGGCUGGUGGUGGCCUUCACCAAUGCCUCCAGGGAUUUCCGGAACCCACAGACCCUGGCUGACAUUCCCCUCUCCCCACGGAUGCUGACCGAUCUCCACUUCAUGACGUUGCCCCUGUCCCUGGACCAGCUGCCCUGUGAGGAUCCAGUGGGUGUCAGUGGAAGCUCCCCCUUGCUACGGGUCGGCAAUGACUUCGGCUGCCACCAGCAACCCUACUGCAAUGUCCCCCUCCCUGGCCCUGGCCCUUACAGUGUCAAGUUCCUCCUAAYGGACGUCGGUGGCGCACCAAAGGCUGAGACGGAGUGGUCAGAUCCCAUCACUCUGCACCAAGGGAAGGCCCCAAGCUCCAUCGACACGUGGCCAGGGCGGCGGAGUGGCUGUAUGAUUGUAAUCGCCUCCAUCCUCUCGUCCUUGGUUGGCCUCCUGCUCCUGGCCUUCCUAGCAGCCUCUACAGUGCGCUUCUCCAGCCUGUGGUGGCCCAAGGAGGCCCCUGAGCAUCUGCGGAUCGGCUCCUUCAUGGGGAAGCGCUACGUGACCCACCACAUCCCGCCCAGUGAGGCUGCCACACUGCCUGUGGGCUGUGAGCCUGGCCUGGACCCCCUCCCCAGCCUCAGCCCCUAGCCUGUUGCCUGGGCCUGGGCCUAGUAGGCAGGGAACAAAUGCAGGGAGCGUGUUCCCCACCCCUGUGCCCACAGGCCUCCUGGGGCUCCUGGCCUCUCCCCAGCAUGCUCCAGCUUGCCAGGAUUCCCCUCCAGCAGCCCUGGGCAUCUGGAAGUGACUUUAGGAGGGGCUGUGGUCAGGCUGGGCAUCUGGCCCCGCCUCUGUCCCUGUCUCUGUUCUGCCUGACCUAUGAGCACAGCUGGAGGCACAUGGACCGGCAGCCCCAAYGCAGAGAUUGCAGACCCCAGGAGCAAACCUUCGAGAACCUGGCUCUGCCCUGGGUAGAGCCCAAGUCACCCUCUGUCACACCCUUUAGCUGCCGCUAGGGUACAGCCUUCAGAGGCAUCUCUACUGGCCCUGGAUACUGGCUCUUUCCAGUUCGCAGGGAGGGGUCCCUGGGGCUGCACCUGGGAUCCACACAGAGGCGGGCCCCAGCACAGGAGGACCCCAGAUGUGCAGAAGGUCAGACAGUGUUGAUGACAUCACGACUAUCCAGCUACAGAUUCCGGUCACCAUUUCAAAUCUCUUUGCACACACAGAUGGCUACACACUCAUCCAUUCAUCCCACAUCAUUCAUUGAGUACCUGCUGAAUGCCAUGCACAGUGUUAGACUCAGGGAAUCAGGAAGAGCAGGUCCSGAUCUCCGGGAACUCCCUGCUCUGAACCUCAGACCACCGCGUGUCCAGAGGUGACUUUCACUUGAUCCCAAACUCACACAUCCUUAGAUAAUCACCCCAGUGGACUCUCCGAGGCCCUCAAGACCCCUUCAUCAGAAAGGUUGCAAUGCAGACUCCCAAGCUUCUGUCCGCGAGGCGAGUGGUUCCCGCCAUCGCCACACGGGGGCGCCGGCGCGCSGUGGCCAGGUAGCCGAGGGCCCGCGCGCAUGCGUGCUCCUGUCCACCGCCUCAGCCCUGCGACCCCAAAGUGAUCUGUGGUCGUCGGGGCUUCCACCGGCCAAGCCAGAGAGCGUGCGGGGCAGUCCCGCUGCCGCAUGAGCCCCUACUCUGCAGGCUUCAGCCCACACAGCGGCGGCGAUUUCCUCCAGGAGAGCUGAGCCUUGGUGACAUGCGCACGCACUCCGUCCAUCCGCUGCACCCCACCCUGUGUUCCCUGGGCGCUGCUCCCGGGCCUGUCUGACCACGGCUCCCAGCACACAGGCCCUUGCCCGCCUCCUUUGGAGGUGAAUAAAUGUGGUCUGGCUUCUGCAUGACUGGAGUGAAGCCCGCUGGCAGUGGGACAAAAGCACGUGGCCCCAGCCCCCCUGAGGAGGUCCCUGGAUUGCUGUCCCUACUGGUGCUCCAUCUCUUAGGCCACAGA